CCAGCUGGCUACAGCCGGGGAAGUGACUGGAGCUGGAGUUUACUGGCAAUAGCCGAGAGGGGAAAUCACGGAGGAGAGAGGAGUUCGAUGAGCGGGGCAGCGCCACCGAUCCGCCCACUCUGGCGCUGAGACGUGCCGAGGCGGGAGGAGCCCGGCUGACACUCCUGAGCCAGCCAAGUUUCUCAAAUGCACUUCACUCCUUCGCCCGCGUUGGGAGGUGGGAUGAAGCCAGGGCGGGCGUCCGUUCGCUCCCAAUGAGGGGGCUUACUGGUGGGAUGUGAGCAUUGCCAGGAGUCGGUGAGGACGAACCGGAACCUCAGCCCACUGCAGCCGCACAUGUGCUUGUGCCGGGGCAUGACAGUUCAGUAAAGGAGGUUGCCCUCGGUCGGUGAUGGUUUCCUGACUUGAGAGCAGUGUGUGGAGUAAUUUGGCAGCGAGAGGCCGGUGCCCGUGAGGAUGGAUCUACAGGUGCUGAGCGGCUUCUUCUACUGGCUGCUCCUGCCGCUCUCCCUCUUGGCCGCUUGCCUAUUCCGUUACAAUGCCUUGUCUCUGAUUUACCUGUUCUAUUUGUUGCUGCUUCCACUGUUCUUUGGUCCCAAUGAACAUACUGUGAGAGGCCACACUGGUCGUCUGCUCAAGGCACUGCUGGGGACCAGCAUUCUUUUCCUAUGUGCACAUGGAGGUUUUCAGAUCACCCUAUAUGUCUUGAAAGAUGAGAAUCUGUUGGGCUACAACUGCAGCACAUGGGAAACAUUGUCCAGGCACAUUGGAGUUACCAGGCUUGAUCUGAAUGAUAUUACCAACUGCAUUCGACUGGUGGCUCCAGAUUUGGGAAUACUUAUCAUCAGUUGUAUCACGUUAGUGUUUUGCAGUUGUUUGACAAAGAAAAGGAAGUCAAUACCAAACAAUGAUGCAGUCUGCAUUGAGGAGCAGGAUGUAGACGAGGAAGGUACUGACUUGGAAGAUGCUAUGGAAGAUGAAGAAGACAGAGCUGAUUGGGAAAGGCGGAGACAGGCCCGUAUAGCUGCAUUGGCACGACUGCGAACUACUGCACAGAAGCUUCUUGAAGCUACAGGGAAAAUAGUGGCCAUUCUGCUCAUGGCAGUAGCUGGAAUUACCGUUCCGUCUGCUUUCUCUGGUGUUUAUUAUCUGUUUUUCAUUGGAAUUUGUACCUGGUGGGCCUGUCACGGUCCAAUGAGCCAUGUUGGAUUUAACACAAUAUGUGUGAUGGUGGCAGUUUACACUGCGGGCCACAUUAUCUGCCUGUAUAUCUACCAGUCUGCGUUUAUCCAGGAGAUAUUCCCCCCUGAUGGGCUCUGGUCCAGAUUGUUCGGUCUAAGGGAUAUUAUCCACUCAAACUGCAGCCACCCUCACAAGCUGGUCCUCAACGUGAAUCACACGUGGCCUGCGUUUGCAAACCCUGCCGUGCUGCUCUUACUUUAUUAUACUGUAGCAUCGCUCCUGAAGCUGAGGAGAAAAACACCAGGCACUGCAGAUGUAACGCAGAGAAAUGGCGAAGAAGUUGAACUAGUAAAUUUGGAGCAUUGGUCAACGAAACAAGAUGAAAGUGAAGAUGAAGCUAAACUAAUGUUGCAACCUGGUGAACACGGUGAAGGAGACAACUACACUGUACAUGUCAUCAGUGGAUCACAGCGACCAGAUGCAGUUGACUCCUUAAAUCACACUACCACACUUGUACCUAGAAGCUCGCUUUCACCACUCCAUGGCCUUGGGCACAUGAUCAUGCAACAAAGCUAUAUCUGCACUCUUAUCAUUAUGAUGGUUUGGAGCAUUACAUUUCACAGCUGGUUAACCUUUAUACUUUUGAUUUGGGCUUGCCUUAUCUGGAUUGUCCGUAGUCGACGACAACUUGCCAUGUUCUGCUCUCCGUUCAUUCUGCUCUAUGGCAUCGUGCUCUGCUGCGUGCAGUAUGUCUGGGGAAUGGAGCUGACCGAAGAACUUCCAACCAAAAUAGGAUUUGUCGUUCUGUCUCAGCUGGGUUUAGUCCACAAGGAGUAUCACUGUCUGUGCCUCGGUGUGAUGCUAUUGUACACCCUCACUUUUUGGCUCUUAUUGCGCCAGUUUGUAAAAGAAAAAUGCUUGAAGCGGAAAGAGGUCCCACUAAAAGAAGUAACUGUUCCUGAGGCAGGUCGGGAGAAGAAUGAAGUUUUGAAAGCGCUUGGGGAGCUAGUUAUGAGUUUCUAUGCCAAGUAUUGGAUUUACAUUUGUGGAGGGAUGUUCUUCGUUGUCAGUUUCACUGGAAGAAUAGUCGUCUAUAAAAUUGUUUAUAUGUUCCUUUUCCUCCUUUGCCUCUCAUUCUAUCAGGCCUGUUACUUUCUGUGGCGCAAGUUGCUGAGGGUGUUCUGGUGGCUGGUUGUCGCCUACACAAUGCUGGUUCUCAUUUCAGUUUACACAUUUCAAUUUGACGACUUCCCACAUUACUGGAUGAACUUUACAGGAUUAACAGAGAAACAGUUAGGGGAUAUUGGACUGGAGAAAUUUGGAGUCAGUGAGCUCUUCUCCAGCAUCCUGAUCCCUGCCUUUUUCCUGCUGUCCUGUAUUCUACAGCUGCACUACUUCCAUCGCCGUUUCAUGCAGAUAACUGACCUGGAGCACGUCCCCACUAAAGGAAAAGGCCCAUUGCACCGGCUGAAGGAAAAUUUAGCAGCACGUUCUGAGGAAGCUGCUGCCGAACUCCUACAGAAUGGGGCAGCGGAAGGCACAGACUGUGAGGAGGGUGAUCACCCGCCAGCGGACGGGAGCAAGCUUGAAGGGGAAGUUGUUUGCAAUAAGUGGGGCUUAGUGAUUGACCGCCUCCUUGUACUUUUCCUGAGAUUCUCCAAAAUCCUGAAUAGCAUCCAAGUGAUAAUUUGGAGACUCCUUGAAUUGCAUGUGAUGAAAUUUGUGGCCCUGUUCAGUGUGUGGGUCGCAUUGAAAGAGCCAUCCGUCAUGAACUUUCUCUUCAUCGUCCUCUGGGCGUUUGCGAUGCCCUACAGAAAGUUCCGUCCAAUGGCUUCCUGUAUUUCUACCCUGUGGGUCUGCAUCAUUGUCGUCUGUAAAAUGCUGUAUCAGCUGAAGAUUGUAAACCCAGUAGAGUAUUCCAGCAACUGCACAGCGAUCUUUCCAAAUGAGACUAAUCUAAAUCCAGAUGAAAUCAUACAUUCUGCACUGUACAAAGGGCCUGUGGACCCAGCCAACUGGUUUGGAUUCAGAAAAGAAUUUCCCGUUCUUGGUUAUCUCCAAAAUCACCUUCUUCUGCUAAUGUUGCUCGUUUUUGAGAUAACUGUGUACCGGCACCAAGAGCACUUCCGCAAGCAUAACCAGCUGCCCCCACCCGCCACUGGCACCAUCUUCCCAGAAGUCACUCGGCAGCACCUGGAUGAAAGCGUCAUCAGCUGUGCUAAAUAUUUCAGCAAUUUCUUCUUCUACAAGUUUGGUUUGGAGGUUUGCCUCUUAAUGACGGUUAACGUGAUUGGGCAGCGGAUGAACUUUCUGGCAAUAAUUCAUGCCAGCUGGUUAAUUGCCAUUGUGACCCAACGUAAACGGCAGGCGAUUGCCAGGCUUUGGCCCAAGUACUGCCUCUUCCUGUCUCUUUUCCUGUUGUUCCAGUACCUCCUGUGCCUGGGAAUUCCGCCAGCUCUCUGUCUAGAUUACCCAUGGAGAUGGCCAUCCCGUAUUAUCAUUCACUCCAGCUUCAUUAAAUGGUUCUAUCUUCCUGACUUUGUGGCUGCCCCUAGUUCCACGCAUCUUUUCUAUGAUUUUCUGUUACUCAUGUGCGUGUCCCAUCAGUGGCAAGUGUUUAUUGAUGAAAAGAAGGAGGAGAUUCUUACCAUCGCUGGUGAAAACACAGAUAACUCUGAUCCCAUGGCAGGCAAGGACCUGAAUCCAGUGCCAAACUUUAUUAACUGCCGAAGCUACCUGGACAUGAUUAAAGUUGGGGUCUUCGGGUACCUCUACUGGCUUGUACUGGCAGUCAUCUUCGCCGCUGGCUCCACUCGAAUAAGUCUAUUUGGUCUUGGCUACUUGGUUGCCUCCUUCUAUUUGCUUCUGUUUGGCAGAAAACUUUUACUAAAGCCAGCAACAAGUCGUUUAAACUUUUGGGAUUGCUUAAUCAUGUACAACGUUACGGUCAUUGUUGCAAAGAAUAUGCUCUCACUCCUGGCGUGUGUCUUCUUGAAGCAACUCCAAUAUAACUUCUGUUGGAUGAUUCAGCUAUUGAGUUUGCACUGCACAAUCAAAGGCUAUUAUAAUGAAACUAAUUUAAAGGAUUCAGAAUGUAUUUUGCCGGUGGGUGAAGCUGGAAUUAUCUGGGAUAGCAUCUGCUUCUUUUUCCUUUUGCUUCAGCGCAGAAUCUUCCUGAGCUACUAUUUCAUACACAUUACAGCAGACAUGAGAGCCUUCAAGCUUCAAGCAUCCAGAGGCUUCCAACUAUUCAAUGCCAGCAUCAUCAAGAACAUGAAUUUCUUACAUGAAGCAGAGAUGAAGUCCAAAGCACAAAUAAAAAGACAGAUGGAAAGAAUUCGAGCAAAACAGGAAAAAUACAGAAGUGAAAGGGAUUCUGAAGACCUCAGAGAAAAAGAUGAAGGAGAGCAAAGUACAACGAAAGAGAAGUCCCAGGAGAAAAGGAAAUGGUGGCAUCCCUGGGCAAACCAUGCUAAAGUGCUUCAGUCUGGGGACUAUUACUUGUUUGAGUCAGACAGUGAAGAGGAUGAAGAAUGUGUACAGGAAGAACCCAAGCCUCCUGAACACAGUGCAUUCCAGUUAGCAUACCACGCCUGGGUAACAAAUGCAAAACUGGCCUUGAAGAAAAGACAGGAGCAUAAAAAGAAACUUCGGAGUUUUAAACGUGAUGCUGAGAUACGCAGGCGAUCGCAAAGAGCAGGAGCAGGAGCUGGAGCUGGGGCAUUGCAGGAGGAAAUCUCGAAGGAUGAAGUGAUGGAAGAAGAAGAAGGUGAAGAAGAAAAAGAAGAAGAAGAAGAAGAAGAAGAAGAAAUGCCAUCUAAGAGCAAUUUUAUACAGCGUCUGAUGUAUAUUUUAAGAUUUCUCUGGGUCCUGUUCUUGGCCAUGGUUGAUGGAUUGACACAAUGGCUAAACACCCUCGCAAAGCAAUAUCUUGAUGCUUACACUGUUCUAUGGAUAGAGCGAUACCUACUCUCCCAGAAACUUGCUCGAGGUGAGGGAGUGCAAGAGGCUCUGAGUGAACUUUAUGAGACAUCGGAAGACACCAAUCAGCCGCAGAUGCGGAACAAGGACCCUAAAGGAACAACAGAUGAGAGUGAUCCACAGCUCGACCCUGCAUCAAGUAGUUCUGACAAAGGACAAGAAUUCUCGAUGACCUCUGAAGAGAGGAAAACGGUUCCUGAGUACAGUAAAAUCACAGAAACCGAAGAGCAGAGUUUGCCUGCAGAUGCACUGAAAUCAGCUGAAUCUGUCACAGGUUCAGAGGAGACGAUUGUCUAUCCCAUUGCCCGCUGUAGAACUGCCAGUGAGCUGCUUUCAAGCAGCCAUUACUAUAUUGAGGAACUGGAAGAGUCUGAGAAGUUCUACGAAUCCCAGAAUCGAUUUUUGAAACUGCUGUUUGCAGUGUAUUAUGUCAUUGCUGCUAAAUCUGAACUGACCUGUUACUUCAUCAUUAUCUUGAACAACAUGACCUCUGCCUCUGUGAUCACACUUUUUCUCCCUAUCCUUAUGUUCCUCUGGGCUAUGCUCUCUAUUCCCAGACCUAGUAAGCGAUUUUGGAUGUUAGCAAUCAUCUACACUGAGGUGAUGGUGGUCAUUAAAUACUUAUUCCAGUUUGGGUUCUUCCCUUGGAACAGCCACCUUAUCUCUGCACUUUAUGAAGACAAGCCCUUUUUUCCACCACGGAUCCUUGGCUUGGAGAAGACGGAGAGUUAUGUUAAAUAUGAUCUGAUUCAGCUCCUGGCACUUCUAUUCCAUCAAUCACUGCUGAAGCGACAUGGACUAUGGGAUGAUGAGGAGGAUCAAAAGAAAAAGGAUAAUGUGAAAGAAAAGGUAGCCCUGCAAAAGUCACAAGCUGAAACCUCCAAUGAUGAAGCUGCAGCUGCAGAUGCAGACGACCAAAUUUCAGUUUUGGAACCACAGCCGAAAGUAAAGAAGACCAGAUUCCAUGUCAGGAGGAGAAGGCAAACUGAUGUGAAGGAAAAUUUAUCUCGAAAGCCUAAGAAGAAACAUACCAAAAAGGAAAAGACAAGCAAGAAACUAAUUAACUUUUGGAUAAAGAUGAAGAAUCUUCUCUACAAAGUGGUGCAGAGCAUUUGCAGACCUCUGAACAACUAUUUCUGCAGCAUUCUCCAUACAAAGUACCGCGCAGCAACCGAUGUAUACGCACUCAUGUUUUUGGCUGACGUGAUAGAUUUUGUGAUUAUCAUCUUUGGGUUCUGGGCAUUUGGGAAACACUCAGCAGCUGCAGAUAUUGCAUCGACACUGUCUGAUGACCAAGUUCCUGAAGCUUUCCUGGUUAUGGUGCUAAUUCAGUUCUCCACUAUGGUGAUAGAUCGUGCGUUAUACUUGCGCAAAACUUUACUGGGAAAGCUAAUUUUCCAGAUAAUCCUCGUGUUGGGAAUACACAUAUGGAUGUUCUUCAUAUUACCAGCAGUCACUGAGCGAAUGUUUAAUCAGAAUACAGUGGCACAACUGUGGUACUUUGUGAAAUGCAUCUACUUCGCUUUAUCGGCUUACCAGAUCCGUUGUGGCUACCCAACGCGCAUUCUUGGUAACUUCCUCACCAAGAAGUACAACCAUGUCAAUCUUUUUCUCUUCCAAGGAUUCCGCCUUGUGCCAUUUCUGGUGGAGCUUCGUGCUGUGAUGGACUGGGUUUGUACAGACACCACCCUUUCGCUCUCGAGCUGGAUGUGUGUUGAGGACAUCUAUGCCAACAUAUUUAUAAUCAAGUGCAGCCGUGAGACAGAAAAGCGCUAUCCACAGCCUAAGGGACAGAAGAAAAAGAAGAUUGUCAAGUAUGGAAUGGGAGGUCUCAUCAUCCUUUUCCUCAUCUGUAUCAUCUGGUUUCCCCUUCUAUUCAUGUCUCUGGUCAGAUCAGUGGUCGGUGUGGUGAAUCAUCCAGUGGAUGUGACAGUAACAAUUAAACUUGGUGGCUAUCAGCCUCUGUUUACAAUGAGUGCUCAACAACAUUCACUCAAGCCAUUCAGCCAAAAGGAAUAUAAUGACCUCUGUUCAAUGUUUGAACGUAAUCCAACUGCUAUGCAGUUUAUUACACUCUAUAGUUAUGAGGAUGUCAUGACGGCACAUAUUGAGGGAAGUUCGGGGUCACUGUGGAGUGUUAGUCCACCUAGUCGCCAGGCAAUCAUCGCUGAGCUCAACAGCAACGAUUCAGUGAUGACGCUUCGCCUGAUGUGGACAUUUCAGAGAGACCUAACUCUAGGUGGAGUACAUGAACAAGCCUCAGAAAAGCACACCAUCGACCUAGAACCAGAAAAUCCUGUGCGAGAACAACUGGCAGGUCUUCUCCUGGGAACUCGAAAGGAGUCAGUACUGAUUCCACACAUGUUGCCAAAGUAUAUUCGAGCUCCAAAUGGACCUGAUGCCAAACCUGUUGAACAGAUGUAUCCAGAGGAUGAAAAUAGCUAUCUGAAUGUGACCAUGGAAUUGCAAAGACACAUUGGUAAGAAUGCAAACGAUUCCGAUGGUAUCUUGGAGUGGUGGGUGAUACGGACCAAAACGGAGAAGUGUAAACAAAGCGAGUGUAAUGAACUGCAGAUGGUCAUCUUUAGUGACAAAGUCAGCCCACCGAGCCUCGGUUUCCUCGCUGGACAUGGAAUAAUGGGUCUUUACAUCUCAAUCGUGCUGGUUGUUGGGAAGUUCGUGCGAGGCUUCUUCAGUGAAAUCUCCUAUUCCAUUAUGUUUGAGGAGCUGCCUUGUGUGGAUCGUAUCUUAAAACUCUGCCAUGAUAUUUUCCUUGUGAGAGAGAAUGGAGAAUUGGAAGUGGAAGAAGAGCUCUAUGCCAAGCUGAUCUUCUUGUACAGAUCACCAGAAACAAUGAUUAAGUGGACUAGAGAGAAGGAUUAACAACACUUUUUCUUCGUAUUUCUUUCUUUCUGCUUUUGUCCCUAUUUUAUCCUCCUCUUCUGGAACUCUCACUCCUCUCUACUGAGCCGAGAUGAACAUGCACAUCCUGUUCGAUUACAAAUUUACCUCAGAUGGUCACAAACCUCUUAUGCUGCCUUUAGUCGCUGUUUAUUUCUGGAGAAGGGAUUUUCCUUCACUGGUGUUAGUACAAUGAACUUAAUGCCCUAGAACACAAACACUAUCCAAGCAGUUGUACUUAAGCCCUGAAAUGAAUCAGUGGCAAUGUUAUAUUGCUUAAGACUGCAUAUUGAAUAGAGGAGAAACUAGGCUGUCUUCUUGCUAUCUUUGGUCUGAGUUUUUGUUUUAUUAAAUGCUCAUUUUGACUAGCUGUGUAGUUUGGGUCAGAGUGACAGGACAGGUUGUUUAUCCAGUGCAACUGGGAGAGCGAAACCUAUUGUUGCUCUCAUGGGGCUUGAAGGCACUUGAGGAAGACUGACAAUGCAGUUGUACUUCAUGAUAAACAAAGUUUCAAGUUGUUCACAGUCCUGCAAACAAACCUCAAGGAAGUUGAGACUUCAGGUGUUAUUGACACAUUUUUAUAUUUUUUUAAAAAGAAUAUUUUUGGGAAAAUAUGCUUGCCAGAAGAUCAUUUGUUCAAAAAUAUGAUUGACGUCAUGAAACACUGUAGAUGUAGAUAAGGAGUCCCAAAGGAACUCUCAUUAAAAUUUUAUAUGGUGAGAACAAUCAGCGGAAGGGUGUCAGAUUAAAUGUAGGAAGUCAGAUUGCUUCAGAUUAUGACUUUAUCAGUAUGAUACUGCAACAUCAUAGUUGUAUCAAAAGACCAUGUUCUUCUAUAUCUUGUUUAUUCUGCAUAUUUCAAACUGAUGAAUUUAUGGCCCAGUGUCUUUUUCCAAAAGUGCCUUUGAUUCUCUCUCUAAUCUGGCUGCAAUAAAAUUACUAUUUUGGAAUAACUUUAAUGUUCAAUAGGGCUUUUGUGCAAAAAAAACCCAGUAAUAAAA